AUGCCGGCGAAGUAUCGGAGCCGGAAUUUCUUGCACAAGCCGCGCGGUGUGGCCAACAGACGCAAGGGCUUGAGGUGGAUAAGACGACACGCAAAGAGCGGCGGCUCUUUGUACUUCGCGGAUGACGACAACAUUUACGACUCGAGAAUUUUUGAGGAAAUACGAUGAACGAAGAAAGUUCCCAUGUUCCCGGUCGGUCUGGUUACGAGCCUCGGCGUGAGUUCCCCAAUCGUUCGUCAUGGGAGAGUCACUGGCUUCUUUGAUGGGUGGAUUGCCAACAGGAAGUUUGCAGUUGACAUGGCUGGAUUUGCCGUAAAUGUGAAUUUGUUCUUGUCGAAACCCAAGGUUGACAUGCUGUUUAUGGUCGGCAGAGAAGAGACAAAAAUUCUAGAAUCCAUGGACGUAACCCUCGACGACAUCGAGCUUCUCGCCGUCAAUGCUACAAAGAUUCUUGUGUGGCACACAAGAACAAAGAAAAACGGCAGGGCCAAACCUGGGGACAAGAAGCUCGACUACUCGAACAGCAACUUCGAUGCGUUAAUAACACAGAUAUUGAGAUAA